AGUCGUAUCACAACAAAAAAAAACAUUUGAAUGCCUCACAAAAAGGCAUAAUUCUCGUAGUUUUAGACCUGUAACGUGAUGGAAGUUGCUCAGAAACAAAAUUAAUCCUUUUCUCUAGCUCUAAGAUAUGGAUUCAGACAGUCAACAGUCUGGAUUUGCUUCGACGCAAUCAGAUGACGACGAAGAAUACCAUCAAAGGGCACAAUCUGAGGAGCGUACAAGGAAGCGACGACGGAGAAAAGUCAAGAGAGAGGAAAAUGCCUCCAGCGCAAAAACUGCCUCCGAAAAUAUUUUGCUCAAAUUGAGAAAUCGUCAGCUCUUCGGCUACUUUUCGAGCCACCCGAAGCGACGAUGCAAAGAACAACCGUUCAAAAAAGUUCCUGCUACUUUAAGUUUCUGCCUCAAGGAUAUCAUCCCGUGCUGCUACCUCGACGGACACAUUUUCAUGGGCCUCACGGCAUGCGGUCAGUUCCUACUCAGCUACAAAGUGCACAUUGACGACGAAAUAUCCGCGACAUACGACUUCAGCACUGUCUACCGCUACAAACUCUUCUUUUGGAUUUACCGCCCGCACAACCCGCUUCACAAGUACUUUUCGAUCUCGCUAUUCGACGAUCACGGCAUCGACGGCAUGAAAAAAGUCUCGAUGACGCAAUGGAGCACGCAAUCCGCCGUUCUUGUCGUUCACGGAGAAAGCGAUAAUUUGGAAACGGACUCGUAUGUGACAUAUGUUCGUGUCCCGAAAUUAGGUUGUUUGGAUUGUCGCGAGUUACGGCGCGAUUAUUUUGAUCCUGUGAUGCCACGAGAAGCGAUGUUGUGCGUGAAAUGUGCUCUAAUGAUCCACAUUAAGUACCGCGGAGGCGAAUCUUCGCCAAAAUUCAAGCCGGAGAUCAAUUUGAAUGCACCCGGGUUCAUUUUGAUGAACGAAAAUACCUUUAUUCAUGCCAUCAGUGUGGAUCUGGAUAUGGCGCGACAACGCGAACCCAUCGGAAAUGGUCCUCGUUACACGCCAUUCUCGAUGAUUUGUCACAAAUCGAUGGAUUGCGACGCGAGAAGUGAGACUGUUAGUAAUAUAAGUGAGAAUGACGCGGCGGGAAGACGUUUAACGAUCGCCGACGAGAUAAUUGCCGACUUUGAAGAGUUCGAAACGGAAUCAAUGACGGGCAAAUCGACCCAAGAAGCAUCCCCGUUGCGUACUUUAACCGAAAAAUUGCAGAAAAAAAGUUUGGAAUCCCUUCCGUCAUCAUCUACGGUGACUUUGGAGCAACAAUCGGGCUCAUCUCCGUUGAAAGACAUCACAAGUACAUCGCCCAAGGAGAAAAUUAAGCUCUAUGAAUUCGAAGAAGAGAACGAAAAAUGUGAAAAAAUCAGUACUUUCCGCAAAAGAAGACUUGCCGACAAAAAAUAUGAAUUUAUUGAAGACUCCUUUGACAGUAUCUUACCUUUCAACCGCAUCCGGGAUCGCAUUCGAAGUCGACUUCCUGCCAAAAUCGGUCAAAAUUCGGAAAAUACAGCGUCGCAUCUUCAUCGAGCCUCGCCCAAUCAAGGAUUUCGUUCGCCCUGUGGGUCUCCCGUGGGAUAUCGCUUCCUUAGAUCACCUCCGGGGAUGCGUUCGCCCAAUUAUUACACCCAACGAUCUCCUUCCUACCACGCCAAUUCGCCAAAUUUCGCGAUGAAUCCCAAUUUGAAGUACUUUGGAUCGCCCCGCGCCCAUAAUUCACGCGGAAUUUUCCCGCUUCGAGCAAUUUCUAGUCCAAUUCAUCGGCCAUACGACAUCGAGAACAACGAAAAUCAACCGUCGCUCAGUAAUUUAUCGGUUCGGAGUCAAAACGAAGCGAAAUCUGAUGAAAUUUCUGAACCUUGGAAAAAUUCGUGUUCGAAAAAAUUCACACGUCGCUACGUCGAAGAAGACGAUGCCAAUUCUGUGAUCACGACAACGGAGGAAGACGACUGCAUCUCGCCCGGAUAUCAUACGUCACUGCCAUUGGAGGUGCAUGGGGCUUGUUACUCGAAUAUGCAGACCGUUUCGCGUGCCACGUGCUCCCAACUCAAAAAUCGACCCGUAGUUCAUGUCACCCAAAAUACCUUCGACACGGAAAGUUUCACCGUUAACGUCGCCACGUUCGUUUGCAAGCAAAAUAACAAAGUUUACGACAUGUUGUGCGAUUCCACGUACGCCAUUUGUCAUGUUUGCCCAAUUUCCGCGACGCUCACGUGUCUCAUGAAAAUCGAAUUUUUCGCAAAUGACGCGCCAGACACCGAAGUUUCUCGGAGAAUUACGUCGAGGCCUAAAUAUCAACUUCGCACUCUUUUCACGUGGAAUGUCGCAGAUGGCGCUCUAAAUGUCUUGGAUUACGGAAAAAUGGUGCAAAUUAAGGGAAAAUCACCCGUUGGAACGAUUGACGUGAAUGAAUUAACAACAAAACUUGCCACGACUCAAAACCAAGUUUUUAACCAUUUGCGAGUUUUAACAGCUGACACGUCAAAAUCCAAGCAGAAACUCGUCGACAUGCAAAAUAUGAUUGAAUUUUAUCGCAAGAAUCGGAGUAAUACGACAGAUUUUUCGUCUUUUUCUGAUGCGACGAGUUUUGACGAUGAAUCGAGUGAUGAACAAGGGUCGUUGAGUGAUUAAAAAAAAGCAUUUCUCUAUUCAGGGAUUCCUUUGAAAAAUUUAAAACAUCGAUCAAUGUAUUUAUUUUUUUUUUAAUUUUUGCUUUUUGUGUGAACAAUUUUUUUUUUCUAAAAUUACAAAUGACGACUGAUAUUAAUAUUUAAUGAAAAAAAAUACGAGAUAAUUUGUAAUAAAAAUAAAAUAAAUAAUAUUAUGGUUGUGCUAAAAAAAAUUGGAGAUAUUAAAUUUUAAGACAUAUUGCACAGAUGACUGUUUAAGUUUUUUUUUAUCAACGGAAGUCAAGAUAAGAAAUAUAUUAAAAAUAAUAAUUAAUUGUAAAAUUUAAAAGCACUU